GGUAUUUAAGAGUUUGUUUUCUUGUAAUGAAAUGUUUCCAAUGUUUGGAAGGACAAUACACUACUUUUUUCCCAUUUUCUUUCCCUUUCUUUUCCUAGAUAUGGUUUAACAAAGUUCAUCCCUUUUGAACGUUCCAGUUCCGAUCAACAUAACAUUUAUGUGGGAGUAAUGUAAUGAGUUGCUACAUACAAUUUCAUCUUUUUAACAUAUUUCUCUCUUAUUGUGCCUCUUUUGGUGGUUAGAUCUCUACAGAAGACUAUAAUCAAUGCAAUGGUUGUUAAUCAGGGAGGGUGUUAUGGUGGUUGGAGAUAUUAUUUUACUGUGUUGAUUAAACAUAGGAUGGAAGUGUUGUUGGAUAUAAACAAGUUCAUUCCCUAGUGCUUGUAUGCAAAAUUAAAUUUGUUUGCCUAUCGUUAGAUUCUCUAAAACUUCCAUCUUACUUAUUGAUAAUGACACUCACAUGCCAUUGUGGAAAUGGCAUGUGAGUGUCCUUAUCAAUAAGUAAUGCCAUUAUGGAAAAAGAGGUAAGACUUUUAUAAUCUUCCUUUGUUUGCUUCCAUAACUAUGACACUCACAUGCUUUGAGGGUACUUUCUUAAGAAAUUUCUGUCUCUAUUUAUUUUCAUAUGACAUCGUCACUGAGGUACAUGUGAAAAUUUGAUUGAAGUAUCAGUCUUGGAAGCUUAAGUCGUAGGUUGUUAUUUGGGCAUUGCUAUUAUAUCACAUAGAUAAGUGGAUUAUACUUCGUAGUAUGUUAACAUUUAACACAUACAAAGAAAAUCAUGAUUCCCCACUCAGAUGCAUAUCUUUUUUUUUAAAGAUAUAUUUUUGUGACUGAAUUGACGGCUCUGAUAUGCUUUAGUGGAUAUAGACAUUGUUAAACUACUCUAACAAUGCCUAUAAGAUAGGCACAAUUUUUCUCGGUUCUUGGUAACUGGCUAAACGAUCUUUGGACUCUGACAUCUUAUACACCAUCAUUUUGUGUGAUAUUGACAAUUUUAUCUUCAUCAAUUAUUAUCUUCAUCAUCUUUCUUUGUGUGUUUUUUUUUGUAAAAAUUACCAUCAUUUGUUUUCCCAAAUGCGUUUUAGAUUUGUUUUUGGUUUGAUUUUCUUCUUGGAAGGCAAUAAAUUAGAGUCUCUGAUGCGCUUCUAAUAUUUCGUAGCGUUUCCAGCGCUGUACAUUGCCGACAAUGAUCUUUGGGAGAUGAGAUUCUGGCAUUUGCUUCCUUUAUGAUGCUUAUGCAUUCAGAUUUUCCCACAUUCUAUAUUCUCUUUUAUUGUUUUUUUAUUUCAUUUUUCUUAUUGAUUUGUAUGAUGAUUUGGUAAUGAGUCUGUGGUGGUACAUUUAAGGCUUGUUUCUCAAAACAUUCGCAGUGGCCGCCUGAGAGCUUUCGCCUUCGCCAGGCUUGAGUUGUCAGAAGAAAGGAAGAGAUGGAGUUGUCGGAAUUUCAUAGCAGUGCUUUUGAGUUUGACAACGGCGAGGGGAGGGUUCUUGCUGAUGAGAAGUUUCUUGAUCGGUUCGUACCAGAAGGGGAAGUUUAGAGGCACACUAUGCACGCAUUGUUUGGAUCGUUUCGAGUUGUUUCUGAGAGUAAUUUUGAAUGCAAAGAGAGUUUGCCUGAGGUUCAUGCAAAUGCGGCAGAAACAUUAUGUGUUAUAGCCCGUAAUGCCCCAUCUGCUCUUGCUGCCAAACUUUCUAGCCCCAGUUUUGUUGCAAGGAUAUUUGAUCAUGCUUUGGAAGAUUCACAUUCAAAGUCUGGCCUUGUGCAUUCACUUUCUGUAUGCAUUUCUUUGUUGGAUCCAAAGAGAUCAUCAACAUAUUCUCCUUUGUUUCACUCUUUCCGAAAUCAACAUAUGUAUGAAUGUCCAGUUCCUAUUGAUCCAGAGAUUGUUGGUGCAAUGCUCUCUAAACAUGGUUAAUGAACUAUUGACAUGGAUCUGAUUACCAAAAGGAGUAUCGGCAAGCGAAAAGGAUGCGAAGGGAGAGUUUAUUAUCGGCAAUUCGCAACAUUAUUAUGGAGAAAAUCAGCUUGGAGGACCCUCCAUGCACCUCGC